AUGGCUUGUGAAACUACAAAGCAAGCUUGGAAUAGACUUAAGGAGGAGUUCCAAGGAAGUAAAAGCUCAAAGCAAAUGUCAGUGCUGAAUUUAAGGAGGGAAUUUGAGGUUUUAAAGAUGAAAGAAUCUAAAACUCUUAAGGAGUACACAGCUAGAUUAAUGUCUGUGGUCAACAAAAUCAUAUUAUCAAGUGAAGAUUUACUAGAUAAAAGAGUUAUGGAAAAGGGCCAGCAAGCAAAUUUUAAUGAUGAUCAACCAAAGCAACAGGAAGACCAUUUGUUCAUGGCUUCUCAAUCAUGUAGCGCAAUUGAUAAGUUUACUUGGUUCAUUAAUAGUGGUUGUACAAGUCACAUGGCUAGAGAUGAAAGCUUGUUUACCUCCUUGGACAGAUCAGUGAAAGCAACUGUGAAGAUGGGAAAUGGAGAGAUAGUUCAGGCUAUGGGCAAGGCUACUUUUGCUAUGCUAACAAAGAAAGGUACUAAGCAUAUUUUUGAUGUUCUCUACAUUCUUAGCUUAGAUAAGAAUUUAUUGAGUGUUGCUCAAAUGAUGAAAAGAGGUUAUUCUUUGUCUUUCAAAGGUUAUUAG